AUGGACAUUCUGAAGACACAAAAGCCACAGUUGUCCCUGAGCCUGCCCCUCCAUGUGUCCAAGUGUGAUGGGGCUGCGGAGCUCAGCAGCCCCUGCUCGCUAGAAGCCUCUUCUUCCAGCCCUCCACCCACUGCAGGUCCCCCGAGGAGACAGAACCACACCGCAGGGGAUGUCCUGCACCUGGAGCUGCUGGUGGCCGUGGGCCCGGAUGUCCAGCAGGCGCACCGGGAGGACACAGAGCGCUAUGUGCUCACCAACCUCAACAUUGGGUCGGAACUGCUGAGGGACCCGUCGCUGGGGGUCGAGUUCCGGCUACACCUGGUGAGGAUGGUCAUUCUCACGGAACCCGAGCAGGGUCCGGAGAUCACAGCCAACAUCACCUCCUCCCUGCUGAGUGUGUGCGAGUGGAGCCGAACCAUCAACCCCGCAGACGACGCCGAUCCCCGCCAUGCUGACCUGGUCCUCUACGUCACCAGGUUUGACCUGGAGCUGCCAGACGGUAACCGGCAGGUUCGGGGGGUCACCCAGUUGGGGGGCAUCUGCUCAUCUUCCUGGAGUUGUCUCAUCACCGAGGACACUGGCUUCGACUUGGGGGUCACCAUUGCCCACGAGAUCGGGCACAGCUUUGGCUUGGAACACGACGGUGUCCCCGGCAGCGGCUGUGCCUCCAGCGGCCACGUGAUGGGGUCUGACAGCAAGGCACCCACCCGCGGAGGCCCAGCCUGGUCCGCCUGCAGCCGCCAGCAGCUGCGCAGCCUGCUCAGUGCAGGGCGGGCAGGCUGUGUGUGGGACCCACCAGGGUUCGUGGGGCGCCCCCCUGAGGUGCAGCCCGGCCUCUACUACGGCGCCGACCAGCAGUGCCGCGUUGCCUUUGGUCCUGCGGCUGUCGCCUGUUCCUUUACCCAGGAGCCUCUGGACGUGUGUGAGGCCCUUUCCUGCCACACGGAGCCAGGGGACCAGAGCAGCUGCAGCCGCCUCCUCACCCCUCUUCUGGACGGCACACCCUGUGGUGUGGAGAAGUGGUGCUCCAAGGGCCGGUGCCGCUCCCUGGCCGAGCUGCCCUCCGUGGCGGCAGUGCACGGCCACUGGUCCAGCUGGGGGCCGCCCAGUCCCUGCUCCCGCUCCUGUGGAGGAGGCGUCAUCACCAGGAGACGGCGGUGUGACAACCCCAGACCUGCCUUUGGGGGCCGCGCGUGCGUCGGGCCUGAGCUGCAGGCCGAGCUGUGUAACUCCCAGGCCUGCGAGAGGACCCAGCUGGAGUUCAUGGCCCAGCAGUGCGCACAGACCAAUGGACAGCCCCUGCACCUCUCCCCAGGCAGCGUUUCCUUCUACCGCUGGGAGGCCGCCCCACAGUACAGCCGAGGGGACACGCUGUGCAGACAUGUGUGCCGGGCAGUUGGCGAAAACUUCCUGGUGAGGCGUGGAGACCACUUCCUGGAUGGGACCCGCUGCGUGCCACAGGACCCUCGGGAGGAUGGGGCCCUGGGCGUGUGCGUGCUGGGCAGCUGCAGGAUGUUUGGCUGUGACGGUCAGAUGGACUCCCUGCAGGUGUGGGAUGCCUGCCAGGUGUGCGGCGGGGACACCAGCACCUGCAGCCGGCGGAACGGCUCCUUCUCGGCUGGAAGAGCCAGAGAGUACGUCACCUUCCUGACGAUCACCCCCAACCUGACCGGGGUGUACGUGGCCAACCGCAGGCCCCUCUUCACACACCUGGCGGUGAGGGUGCAUGGGCGCUACGUGGUGGCCGGAAAUGCCACCAUCUCCUCCAACACCAGCCACCCCUCCCCACUGGAGGACAGCCGCCUGGAGUACAGGGUGACACUCACCGAGGACCAGCUGCCCCUCCUGGAGGAGGUCCACCUCCGGGGACCUGCCUGGGAGGACAUGGAGAUCCAGGUUUACCGGCGGUACGGUGACGAGUAUGGCCCCCUUGCCCACCCUGACAUCGCCUUUACCUACUUCGAGCCGAAGCAACGGCCGGCCUGGGCAUGGGCCGCCAUGCGUGGGCCUUGCUCUGUGAGCUGUGGGGCAGGGCUGCGCUGGGUGACCUACAACUGCCUGGACCAGGCCCUGAAUGAGUGGGUGGACGCUGCUUUGUGCGAGGGGAGCCCGAGGCCGCCCGUGUGGUCGGAGCCCUGUGUCCCUAUGCCGUGCCCACCUCGCUGGGCAGCAGGAGACUUGGGCCCGUGCAGCGCCUCCUGUGGCGAGGGCCUGCGGGAGCGGCCUGUACGCUGUGUGGAGGAGGCCCCGGGGGGCCGCCUACGGACACUGCCCCCUGCCCGGUGCAGAGCUGCGGCCCCACUGCCGGCCAUGGUGGAACCCUGCAGUACCCUGCCGUGCCCCACCAGCAAGGCCUCACACAACGUGACAUGUGUGCAGGCCGCAUCCAGCGGGGAGGUGCCAGUGACCACCAGGCCCUGCCACGGCAAUGAGAAGCUGCCCAGCCCUGAGCCCGGUGUCGGGGCAGCGUGUCCUCCAGGCUGGGGGCUGCUGCACGCUGAGUCUCCAAGGAAUGGGGCCCCACCCUCACUGGGCACUGCCAGCCCCGGGGCUCGAGUUGCGCCCAUGUGGACUCCAGUGGCCGGGCCCUGCUCCGUGUCCUGUGGGCGAGGCCUUCGGGAGCUGCAUUUCCUGUGCGUGGACGCUGUCCUCGGGACUCGGGUUCAGGAGGAGCUGUGUGACUCAGCACACAAGCCCCAGGGUCGGCGGGAGGUGUGCCAGGUGGCCCUCUGCCCUGCUCGGUGGCGAUACCAGCUGGCGGCAUGCAGUGUGAGCUGUGGCGGAGGGCUGGUGCGAAGGAUGCUGUACUGUGCCCGCGAUGGCAAGGAUGGCAGCGAGGAGAUCCUGCCAGACCUCCAGUGCCAGGGACUGCCUCGCCCAGAGCCCCAUGAGGCCUGCGGCCUGGAGCCCUGCCCACCCAGGUGGAAAGUCGUGUCCCUCGGCCCAUGCUCAGCCAGCUGUGGCCUUGGCACUGCCACUCGCUCAGUGGCCUGUGUGCAGCUUGACCACGGCCAGGACACUGAGGUGGACGAAGCCGCCUGUGUUGCUCUGGCACGGCCGCAGGCCAGGGUUCCCUGCCUCAAGGCCGACUGUGCCUUCCGGUGGCAGGUCGGCUCCUGGACAGAGUGCCCUGUCUCCUGUGGGGCCGGCGUCCAGCACCGCAGCGACACCUGCCUCGGUCCCCAGGCCAACACCCCAGUGCCGGCUGACUUGUGCCAACACCUGCCCAAGCCAGUGACUGUGCGUGGCUGCUGGGCCGGGCCCUGUGCAGGCCUGGGGCCACCCAGCCCUGCCCAUCACACGGAUGCCACCACUUCCAGCCGGGCUGCAGCUGCUGGGGUUGGCGGCUCCCUGGAGUGGCCGCAGCCCCGGACCAGCCUCCUGCCCCCAGCUCUCCCAGCCUCCCAGCAGCUUCAGGGGCUCCUAAGGGAGUCCAGUACCUGCGGGAGACAGCUCCUAGAACCGGCAGGAACUCUGGACCUGCGAGGCGCAGUGCCAGGGGACUGUGCCGUGGCCAUUGGGCGACCCCUGGGGCAGGUGGUGACCCUCCACGUGCUGGAGAGCUCCCUCAACUGCAGCGCGGGAGACUUUCUGGUGAUCUGGGGCCGGCUCACAUGGAAGAAGGUGUGUAGGCAGCUGCCAGGCACGACUUUUGUCUCUAAGAGCAACACAUUGGUCGUGUGGCAGCGGUGCGUGGGGCUGGGAGGCGGAGUGGUGCUGCGGUAUGGAAGCCGACCUGCCCCGGAAGCCUACCAAGAAUGUGACAUUCAGCUCUUUGGCCCCCGGGGGGACAUCGUGAGCCCCUCGCUGGGCCCGGAUGGAAGGACGACAGGAGGCUGCCGGCUGUUCAUCAGUGUGGCUCCACAUGCCCGGAUAGUCAUCCAUGCCCUGGCCACUGGCCUGGCCCCUGACCACCAAGGGGCCAACACCAGCUAUGUCACGAUCCGGGACACCCACAGUUUGAGUAGCAGAACUUUCCACGGCCAGCAGGUGCUCUCCUGGGUGUCCCAGAGCAGCCAGGCAGAGCUGGAGUUCAGCCAGAGGUUCCUGGAGGCGGGGGCCAGCCUGCGAGGCCAGUACUGGACCCUGUGAGCAACAGUGGGACCAAAGAGGGGCAGCACAGCUGCCCUCCCCCUGCUGACCCCAGACCUGGGCUGCUGUGGGCAGCUCCGGACCAAUAAACAGCAUUGAAUACGA